AUGGUAAUUUUUUCAUUAGUAUAUUUAAUAAAUAAAUAUUUUGCUUACAAUAACAAUAACAAUAACAAUAAUAAUAAUAAUAAUAAUAAUAAUAAUAAUAAUAAUAGCAAUAACAAUAAUAAUAGCAAUAACAAUAAUAGUAGCAUUACCAACACAAAUCAUUAUACCCCAAUCAUUAAUAGCAGCCUCACCAACACACAACCUUCUAUUCCAAUAAAGAACAACAAUAUAACCUACUCACAACAUUCUGCCCCAAUCAACAAUAACAAUAAUAAUAGAAAUAACAAUAAUAGCAACUUCACCAACCCACAUCAUUAUACCCCAAUCAUUAAUGGCAGCUUCACCAACACACAACAUUCUGCCCCAUUCAAAAAUAAUAUUAACAAUAACAAUAACAAUUACAAUAAUAGCAUAAUUAAUAGCAACUUCACCGGUACUCAACAUUCAACCCCAAUCAACAAUGGCAACAUCACCGGUUCACAACAUUCAACCCCAAUCAAUAAUAUCAACUUCACCAGUACACAACAUUCAACCCCAAUCAAUAAUGGCAACAUCACCGAUUCACAACAUUCUGCCCCAAUCAACAAUAAUAAUAACAAUAACAAUAACAAUAAUAGCAUAAGUAAUAGUAACUUCACCGGUACACAACAUUCAACCCCAAUCAACGAUAACAACAUCAUCUACACUCAAAACUCUGCCCCAAUUGACAAUAAUUUAAAUCCAAAUGAUUGCCACCAAUACCCACAACAAAACCCACAAGACUCAACAUCAAGCAAUCAACCACCACCACAUCAAUUUAACAGCCCAAGUGCCUCAUCAGUCAAUAGCCCACAAUCUCAAGAUUAUUCAAAUUCUUCUCAACAACGUAAUAUCCCAAAACCACAAAGACAUUCAUCUGUUCCAUUCACAUUUGCAUCAACUAGAAAUCACACAAUCAAGAAGAGAUCAUUAGAAUAUGAUAAUGAAAUUAUUAAGUGUGAUAAAGUAUUUGCCAAAAAACAAAAACUCGAAGAUGAAGAGAGUUUAAGAAGGGAUAAGCAAAUUGUUGAAAUGGAAAGAUUAAGAAAAGAAAGAGAAGAAAUAGAGAGAAUAAAAAUAUUAGAAAUGGAAAGACAAAUAAAAGAAAGAGAAGAAAGGGCUAAAUUGGAAAGACUCAAAGAGAUUGAAAGAGUCCAAAAAGAAUAUAGAGAAAGGGAAGAAUUAGAAAGAAUCGAAAUAUUAGAGAGAGAAAGACAAAUAAAAGAAGCUCUAGAAAGAAGAAAAUUGGAAAUAAUUCAAAGAGAAAGAGAAUAUAUGGAAAAACAAGAAAGAGAUAGAUUACAAAGAAUCCAAAGAGACAGAGUAAGAGCAGAAAGAAUAAGAGCAACAGAUCAAAGAGAAAGAGAGAGACAAAGACAAGAAAGGGAAAGAGCUCAAAGGGAAAACCAAGAAAUGGAAAGAGCUCAAAGGGAAAGAGAAGAAAAUGAGAGGGAAGAAAGAGAAAGAUUAGAAAGAGAUAAUUUGGAAGGUGAACGUUUAGAAACCAAUGAAAAAUGUACCAUUUGUCUUAAUUUUAUAAAUAUUAAUGAAAUGGCUACAAUUGAUUGCCUCCAUAAAUUUUGCUACAGAUGUAUUCAACAAUGGUCUAAUCGUAUCAAUACCUGCCCAAACUGUAGAGAAGAGUUUCAUGACAUCAUCAGAGUAACUAAUGCUAGAAAUUAG